UGAAAAUGGUACAAGGACUCUUGUUUAUGGGUUUUCAGAGGAGCCGGAACAAGGAAGCAAAUUGGAGCUCUUCAAGCUAUUUGAUUGUUGGAUCAUAUGACCGGAAGGGAUACUCUUUGUGGUUAAACAAGGGUUCUAAGAUCUGCAUGAGAUGGGCCACUCAAACCAGUAGAUCAGACAAAAUCGAAAUCCUUUUGAUUAAAGGUAAAGAAGCUGAGUACACCAUUGAUGAAGAUGGCCAUUACUAUGUAGGUGUGACUAACUCGAACCCCAGAAGCAUAACGAUGACAUUUAACUUAACUGUUACAGCCAUGGUUUAUGAUGUAUCAAAAGCCACAAGUGUGUGUUCAGCACUAAAUGGAUCAUGCUAUCUCGAUCUUCAGUUUCCCAACACACAUUAUGUUGUAGUUUCAACAGCUGAUAAUGUAAAGUCUAAACACUUUUAAUAAUUCAGUUU